GUUUCAAACAUCAGCUUAAACUUUCAGCAACUUUCGGCUGAGUUGGUUCCUUGAUAUGGUAUCAGAGUCAAUCUGACAAAAGUUCACGGUGAUGAAUCUUAUUGACCCCUCAUUUCAAGUAAACUAUUUAGCAUCGGAUAGAGGAGAAAUAGGGUUGCAUGACUUGCAUCCACACUUCUAUCCAAAGGGCUUUUGUGUGGGAGGGUCAUCAUCAUCUUACUUAGUGUAUCUCGCUCAUAGGAACUACUAUCAGGAUCUGAGGAGGAAAAGAAGACGGAAACUCAUACCCAUAUAAAACAGUGCGGCCAAAGAGUCCGAGGUUAUAAACUUGUGUGGGAGGGUCAAAUUUUGAGGUAACAGAGCUAACAUGGGAAAAUGGACAGCUAGCCAUGCAUGAACUAGGAAGCAUUUUCGAAGCUCCGACAAGAACAACCACCACCAGCCCAACAAAACCGACAUGGGGUCAUGGCGAAGGCAGGGCCUCGGACACACUAGAGUCCAUAGUCCAUCAAGCCACUUACUGCAACAACCAACACAGCCUGAACUUAAUGUCUGGCUCUGCACCUCAUCAGCACUCUGCCCAUCAGACCAGGGAAAACGUUGGCCCAUCACCGCCUUCUUCAGGACUAAUGAAGAAACGGGCACACUCACAGUCUGAAAAUUGCGCGGUUAGGCGCAAAAAUGAUCAUGAGAUGAGAGCGUCUGCUAGUGAAAACACUCCAUUUUGUAAGGAUAACAACAAGGAGAAUAGUACUAAUGACACAACUAUGAUGACUUGGGCCUCGUUUGAGUCGCCUAGGAGCUUUACAAGGACUAAAACAACCACCGAUGAGGACUCUGCUUGCCAUGGCUCGGAAAACCAGGAUGAAGAGCGAGACACGAAAGGAGAAACAGGUCGAUCCUACACGACAAGAAAAGGAAGGGCAGCUGCUGUUCAUAAUCAGUCCGAAAGGCGAAGAAGAGACCGCAUCAACCAAAAGAUGAAGGCUCUGCAGAAGCUGGUUCCUAAUGCAAAUAAGACAGAUAAAGCAUCGAUGUUGGAUGAGGUGAUCGAGUACUUAAAACAGCUUCAAGCACAGAUUCAGAUGAUGACUAAUGCAAGAUUUAUGCCUCAGUUUAUGAUGCCUUUAGGAAUGCAGCAACACUUCAAUCAGAUGUCUCUCCUCGCGAGAAUGGGAAUAGGCGCCGGAUUAGGAAUGGGUCUCGGUGCUACCAUGAGCGCCAUGCACCCAGCAAAUCCAGCAAUAUCCCAGAUGAUGAAUCCGACUCAAAUUGCUACCUCCGGUUUUGUGCCACCUGCGUUUGUCGUCCCUCAGAUGAUGUCUGCAGCCAAUGAGCAACAUAAUCCCGCCAACCCAGGAACUAGCCGUUCUGCUGCUUCACAAGAUCCCUACAGCACACUUCUGGCACAGUCUAUGAACAUCGAUCUGUACAACAGAAUACCCACUUUACAAAGGCAGCAACAUACAUCAUUACAAUCAGAAAGCACCGGAUUGCAGUCAAACCACCAUGUUCAAAGAAGUUGAGUUGCUUGUUCAUGAUCUAGAUUUUUUUAAGCUCCCUUAAGUGCAGUUUUGAAAUUAACAAAUGUAAAUGGUUUAGUUAGUUGAUAGUUAUGACUUAUGAGUCGUUUUUCGGUUUCACUGAGCCAUUGUUCAAAAAUAAAGUUCUUAUUUUCUUCAACUUUAUCAUCAAUCUGAUCCAUAGAGUAUCAACAUCCAUCACACUGCAUGUAUUAUUAUCAAUUCAUCUUAUAGGCAAUCAAUUUUGAACUA